CUCUGGGUUACAGCUCACCAUGGCCUCUGGAUACACCAUGAUGGACCCCAUCUGUCUGGUGGAAAAUCAGAAUAAUCAGCUGACAGUAAACCCAACAGCACUGGAGAUUCUAGACAAGAUGUCUCAGCCUGUGGUGGUGGUGGCCAUCGCAGGUGUGUAUCGGACAGGAAAAUCCUACCUGAUGAACCGCCUGGCAGGACAGAACCAUGGUUUUCCCCUGGGCUCCACAGUGCGGUCUGAAACCAAGGGCAUCUGGAUGUGGUGUGUACCUCACCCCUCCAAGCCCAACCACACUCUGGUCCUUCUGGAUACUGAGGGCCUGGGCGAUGUGGAAAAGGGGGACUCAAAAAAUGACUCAUGGAUCUUUGCCCUGGCCGUGCUUCUGAGCAGCAUGUUUGUCUACAACAGCAUGAACCACAUCAACCACCAGACCCUGGAGCAGCUGCACUAUGUGACUGAACUAACAAAGCUAAUCAGGGCCAAAUCCUCCCCCAGCUCUGGUGAAGUAGGUGACUCAUCCGAGUUUGCGAGUUUCUUUCCAGACUUUGUUUGGGUUGUACGAGAUUUCUCGAUGGAGCUGAAGUUAGAUGGAUGCACCAUCACGGAAGAUGAGUACUUGGAGUAUGCCUUGAAGUUGGUUCCAGGCGAGAAUCCCCAAAUCCAGCAUUCCAGCAUGCCUAAAGAGUAUAUCAAGAAGUUCUUUCCCAAGCGAAAGUGCUUUGUUUUUGAUAGGCCUACCAAUGACAAAAACUUGUUACAACAUAUGGAGGGGAUGUCAGAAAACCAACUAGAGUGCAGUUUCCAGGUUCAAUCUAAAAAUUUCUGUAACUAUAUCUUCACAGCUGCAAAAACCAAGAUUCUCAGAGAAGGAAUCAUUGUCACUGGAAAUCGGCUCGGGACCUUGGCAAAGACCUAUGUGGAUACCAUCAACAGUGGAGCAGUGCCUUGUUUGGAAAAUGCAGUGAUAACUCUUGCUGAGCGUGAGAAUUCAGCAGCCAUGCAGAAGGCAGCUGACCACUACAGCCAGCAGAUGGCCCAGAGAGUGAGCUUUCCGACAGACACUCUGCAGGAACUGCUUGAUCUGCAUGCGGAUUGUGAAAAGGAAGCCAUUGCAAUCUUCAUGGUGAACUCCUUCAAGGAUGACAGCCAGGUGUUCCAAAAGAAGCUUGAGGGCAUCAUACAGAAAAAGAAGGAAAAUCUCUUGCUGAAGAAUGAAGAGGAAUCUCUCAAAUAUUGCCAGGCUCAACUUACACAGCUUUCAGAACCGCUGAUGGAAGGCAUUUCGAAAGGAACUUUCUCUGUACCUGGAGGGUACAUUCUCUACUCAGAGGAAAUGAACAAGGUUGAACAGUCCUAUGAAUUGGUGCCCAGGAAAGGAGUGAAGGCAAUGGAGGUCCUCCAGAACUUCAAGCAGUCACAGGUUGCAACAAAGGAAUCCAUCAUGCAGAUUGACAAGGCUCUCACUGCUGUGGAGAAGGCUCUAAAAGCUGAACAAGCCAAGACAGAGGAAUUAGAAAGAAAACAGGAGUUGCUAACACAGACACUGAAUGAAAAAGUGAAACAAAUGGAGGCUCUAGAGAGAAGCUUUGAAGAAAACAUUGCCCAGCUGAAUGAGAAGAUGAGAGAACAAAACACAAAGCUGAAAGAUCAGGAAAAAUUUCUGCAGCACAUGCUGAUGGCAGAAGAGAUACAGAAGAAAUACAAAGAGAAAAAGGAAGAGAUGAAAAAAGCGACUGAAGAAUCUAUAAGAGAAAUGAUCGAGGAAAUGCAAAAGAAAAAUGAGCAGAUGAAGGGAGAGAUAUACAAGAUUUAUGAGAUAAAAUUACAGUCUCUCCAGAAGAAAUACAAGGAAGAUAUCGAGGAACUUCAAUUUGAAGUAAAAUAUAUGGAGAGGAAAAUAGAAGGAAACAAAUGUACCAUACUCUAAAAAUGCUAGGAACAUCACUUCCUAACCAGCUCCCUCCCUCCACAGGAAACUACUUGAUUGAGCAACUUCUGAAUGUCACUCAGUUGCCACUAAACUAAAAUUAGAAUCAUGAUGUUUGUAAUUUUGUUGAACCAAAAAAACUGCAAAGAUGAAAUAAACUACAAAUACAAUGUU